CAACAACUGCAGCCACCUCGGUAGCUCUCUUGACAACAAAGUCGGAACAUUCAAGCUCUUUAGACAAUUUACUGCUUUAUUUAACACUAUGAUUUAAACAUACUGAUGUGUAAACAACUAGGUACCUCAUUUAAUUUAAUAUUUACGUUGUAAGUCAAUUAGCUGUCUGGUCAAGUUAGCACUAGUCUAGUCGCUAAUGCUAACUAGCUGUUAUCCCCGACCAUGAGUUCACUAAGCCACUCUCCUCCUGAUAAAGAAGAGAAGAUCUGCUGGACGGAGAAGGAAGCUCUCGUCAAAGAGGAGGCUGUUACAAUACAAGAACAAGUAGAGGGUGGGGCUGUUACUGUGAAAGAGGUGGAGGAAGACGUUUCAGUGAAAGACGAGGAAGACACGUUCAGAGUGAAAGAGGAGGAGGAUGUUACAGUAAAAGAAGAGGAGAAAGAGGAGGAUGCAGGUUUUGGAGAGAAGGAGGUUACUGUGACAGUGAAAGAAGAUGAAAACGUUUUUUUAAUGAAGGACGAAGAGGGGGAGAUUACUGUCACAUUAGAGGAGGACGAAGAAGAGAAGAUUGGAGACCUGAUUAACACCAGUAAAUACAGAGAGAUACUUAACUAUUGUGGAUCCUCUGGGGAGCCUCAACAACCUUGUGAUGCUGAAGAGGCAGAGAAUAGUCUCUCCAGAUCAGAACACCUCAAGAAACACUUGCAGAGAUCCACAGGGAGGAGAACUCACUGCUGCUCUGACUGUGGGAAGAGAUUCACCUCAUCAGGCAUUAAAAUUCAUCAGAGAACACACACAGGAGAGAAACCUUAUAUCUGUGGUCAAUGUGGGAAGAGUUUUGGUGGAUCUGGAGAGCUGACAGUGCACCAGAGAACACACACAGGAGAGAAACCUUAUAGCUGUGGUCAAUGUGGGAAGAGUUUUACUACAUCUGGCCAUCUGACUCGACACCAGAGAAUACACACAGGAGAGAAACCUUAUAUUUGUGGUGAAUGUGGGAAGAGUUUCACUACAUCUUGCACUCUGACUGUACACCAUAGAACACACACAGGAGAGAAACCUUUUAGCUGUGGUCAAUGUAGGAAGAGUUUUUCUUCAUCUAGCUCUCUGACUGAACACCAGAGAACACACACAGGAGAGAAACCUUAUAGCUGUGGUCAAUGUGGUAAGUGUUUUACUACAUCUGGCUCUCUGACUCAACACCAGAGAAUACACACAGGAGAGAAACCUUAUAGCUGUAAUCAAUGUGGGAAGGGUUUUAUUCGAUCUGUCCACCUGACUCAACACCAGAGAACACACACAGGAGAGAAACCUUAUAGCUGUAAUCAAUGUGGGAAGGGUUUUGGUCAAUCUGGAGAGCUGACAGUGCACCAGAGAAAACAUACAGGAGAGAAACCUUAUAGCUGUGGUCAAUGUGGGAAGAGAUUUGCUUCAUCUGGCUCUCUGACUCUUCACCAGAGAACACACACAGGAGAGAAAGCUCAUAGCUGUGACCAGAGAUAAUCUGAUAAAUGAUCUCUGAUCAAAUAUUAGGAAAUACAUACAUGAAGUAGUUGUUUCAUGAUUUCAACGAAUAAUGGCACAAUGUAGAAUGUUUUAACAUUGUUUUAGGAUUAUUUUAAUAGUGUCACAACGUAGAAGCCUAAACGUUUGCCCCCUUACCCAUUGAUUUCAACAUAAUUUGGCCAUUAGCCUCAGGCUCUGAAAUGGAAGAGAUUGAUUGGUGUCACCUCGUUAGUCAGUAUGUGUUACACCUGUGCUGGCUUGUCCAUCUCAUUAGUGGGCAGGUGUUUCACCUGAGCUGGUCCAGGUUCUAUUUAAGUGUCUGGCCCAGUGCUCCAGUUGUUUUGAUAGAUGUGGAGAGUCAACACCUUUUUGGUUUGUGUCCUGUCUUUAAGUUUGUUGUGGGUUUUUCUUUUGUUUGCCUCUUGUUGGGCAGAUUUAUUGGGUCUCAUGGUGGGUGUCUUUUAGGUCCCAGUUGUUGUUACUAGUCAACUUUCAGUGGACACUGAGAGCAAAACUUCAACAUUAUGUUAUUAUACUUUUAUUGUAUCAAAUGGUUGUUUUAUGCAACAGAAUAGAGGGUUCUUAGAACUAUUGGGUCUGUGUUCUACUGAGGAUGGGUUUCUGGGAGAAAACACUGACAGGAGAUUUACAAUGUCUUUUGUGUGAUAAAACCUAAAGAGACUGCAUUCCAGAUCAUGAGUUAAUGUUUCUGUUCCCUAUGGUACCAGUAAGAGAUGACCCCAGGGCCAGACCCUGGUCUCUACACAGAGUACUGUUUUAGAGCAGAUACUGUCUGCUGUGAAUUAUAAGUAUCUUUCAUACAAAUCUUAACUUUGUGACCCAUUCUAUACAUCUGCUGUUUGUCAUGUAGAUUGAAAGGGGUGUAUCUUGGCUAUAAAAUACCUUUUGUACUUUUGUCUUGGGGCUCUCAACGAGUUGUCUGGGGGUGAUUCAUCGACCAGCCAUCAUUAUCGUAGCGCACUCAAUUGAUUCACUUUGUAUGUGUAUGUUGUAUUGACCUGCUCCCUUAUUAAGUGAAUAAAGAUUUAGU